UAGUUCUCUUCAAAGCCCUUUCUCACUUACCUCACUUAUACAUGCACUCUAACUGCUUGUCGAAUCAGACAAUUCGCUUCUCGCGACUCCGACCACUAACAACGCGAGCUCGUAGCUAAGCGAAAGGCCCAGAUAUCGCCCAAUGGUCUGAAGUCGACUGGGUGGAUCCCACACGAUAUUCGCCUUCGGGUCCAGCGUCCAGGAAGACUUGUCUGUGUUCUCUUAUUCAGUUAUGUUCGCUGACUUCCUUGGUUUUUGCGUUACAAGUGUCGUCAGCUUAUGUAUUUGCCUUGGCAUUGCUCGAUUCAGACAGGAACCCGCAAGUUGGUUGCUGUAAUUCGUCGCCUCGGUUAUGGCCAUCUAUUUAGUGCAGUAGCUUUGCAAGGAGCCAGAUAUUUAUCAUCUAUAAGAGGUCGUUGGCAUUUUCAGUCAACAUUUCAAGACUCCUACAGCAAACAUGGUCCAAAACGGGAAACUACCAGCAUCCUUCCCCAAACACUGGGGUGCUGACUUCACCCCAACUCUCCACAGAAGUCUUGUGCCUUCAAUUGACCCCGCUAAAGUCAAACUCCCACCAUCCUUCACAGUCCUAAUAACAGGAGCCGGGAAAGGAUUCGGUGCAUCAACAGCACUCUCCUACGCUCAAGCAGGUGCAUCGGCCAUCAUCAUCGUAGCACGGACUCUCUCCGACCUGGAGGCCACCUCCAAGAAUAUAACAGACAUCUCACCAUCCAUCAAAGUUCUCUGCGUCCCUUGCGAUGUGACGAAGGAAGAGCAAGUCAUUGAACUGGCGAAGAAAGUCAAGGAUGCAUUUGGUCGCCUGGACGUUUUGAUCAACAAUGCUGGAAAAGGUGUGAGCUUUCUUCCUGACGAUUCAGUCGAGGGCGGGAAGCGCUUCCCUUCCGAUUUCAUCGAGGGAUCCAGUUCCGAGUUUCGGGAUUGCUUCGAGCUGAAUUUCAUGGGUACUUAUCUGGGCAUUCGCCAUUUGCUACCUCUGAUUAUCGCUACAGAGGGAGGAGCCAAGGCUAUCAUCAAUAUUGUCAGUGGUGGGGCGCAUCUCUCGAGUGCGUUCUUGUCGCCGAUUCCGUACAAUAUCAGCAAGAUGGCGGUGAUGAGGAUGAGUCAGUAUGUGGAUGAUUCUCAUCGCGAACGACAUGGAGUUGUGUGUUAUGCUCUGCAUCCUGGUAAGUGCUCCUCCGUACACCAUGCAGAGAGAACUUGUAUUCAUCAGUUGUUUGGUUGAAGGCUCCGCCAGAACUGCACUUACUGCAGACUUUCCGCCGCUCUGGGAUCCUAGUACGUAAACAUUCUACUUCCAUCUUGCCAUGGAAAGAAAUAUGACUUUCAGCUAAGUUUACAUAGUUCUGGUGGACGAUAUUGAGAUCUGUGGAGGUUACUGUGUCUGGUUGACAAAGGAGAAGAGAGAAUGGCUUUCCGGCAGGUACGUUUCGUCGGAAUGGGAUAUAGAUGAGUUGGAAGCUAUGAAGGAUGAAAUAGUCAAGGGAGAUAAGUUGAGGUUCACGAUGGACGUUUGAGUGCAGCGUCGAUCUGCAAGGCCGUCCUUAUAAAUUGCGACUAGUUUACCUAGCAAUUCUGCCAUGCCAGCUGUCUUGGCCACGCUUACCAAAGCUCCAUCAGCCUUUCAUUACUGGAGAGGAUAGCAUAAUCUAUUUCACCAAAUAGUCUUCAAGUUG